AUGAUGGCCCAUAUGACACAACACCAAUGCGACGAUAACGAGCAGAAUAAUUACGGUCUUCAUCCUGAAAAUGCUGAACUUGAAUCGAUUUGUAGAAUACCAGAAAUCUUAGAAGUAAAAGAUGAAAUCUGCUGUUUUCCUGCUCCUAAUUGUGCCACAGUGCUGGGCCAUGCAAGACAGAAUGAUGAAGGCUGUCCUCGCGAAGAAUGUCACAGAGCACAGCCCAGACCGAAAUUUCUGCAUCAUGUCGGCAUCAAAGCGCGCUUAGGGAGUAUUUUCACAAUAGUGCGAAGCGGGGAGACCAUCGCGAAGCAAGAUGAACAAAUUCUUGACUGGGCGAAAAAGUAUGGAGUUGAGGAAGAAGUCGAGGAAUUCAACAACAAAACAGCUAGUUAUGUUGAAGAAUUGAAACAAAAUGUUACCAAUCUCAUCGCUGAGCUUCCCACAGCACUUGAAGCGUUCCUCAAUAUAACCCAGAACAAAGAUCAGACACGAAUGGAAAUGAAGAAAGCGCUCAGGGAAAUGCGUACUGAGGAGUUUGAGGUGUUCGAUGCGCUCAAGGCAGCUUUCAACCGUAUUUCCAACCGAAUCAUUGCCUUCACCCAUCGAUUUCGCACCGAUUCAAAAAGCUCGGGGAAA